CAGGCGCAGUAGCAUACUUCUCUAUCCGCCUGACGGACACGGCCGGCGCCAGCUGCUAGCGACGUUAGCUUCAGUAGACAGUUAGCAACUAGCUAAAGAGUCGUAGCACAUUUACAUCAUAUGAGGGACUGAGCGAGCGCGCGCGCGCGAGGAGAGAGAGAGAGCGUGUGUGUGUGUGUGUGUGUGUGUGUGUCGACGCUUCGAGUGCCCGCCUGGCCGUCCCGUCACUGCUUGUGUGCGUGCGUGCACGUGUGUGUGCGUGCAAGAGUGUGUGUCUGUAAAUAUAUAAACCGUCUAUCCGAGCUGCAGCGCGCGUGUGUGUGUGUGUGUGUGUGUGUGUGUGUUUGUGUGAGGUUAGCAAGCAAAGUAGCAAACGAACACAAACACACUCUUGAUAGUCGACUGUAAACAUUCGGUGUCCGGUUACUUGACAGCGGAUUCAGAUCAUUUACUGACACCGACACAGCACCAGCAUGAUGAUGAUGAGAUUCGCUGUAGGCCGAGGCGGCCUCAGCCUGUUGGCUGUGAGACGUGCAUGUCUUCUCUACCGCUCCACCCACUCUGCCCCGCAGAGUGAUUAUCGACCAAUCAAGAAGGUCAUGGUGGCCAAUAGAGGUGAGAUUGCUAUCCGUGUGUUCAGAGCCUGCACCGAACUGGGGAUUCGAACCGUGGCUGUAUACUCUGAGCAAGACACUGGACAGAUGCACAGGCAGAAGGCCGACGAGGCUUACCUGAUUGGGAAAGGCCAAACACCCGUGGCUGCAUACCUGCAUAUUCCUGACAUCAUCCAAGUAGCCAAGGACAACAAUGUGGAUGCUAUCCACCCAGGCUACGGGUUCCUGUCUGAGCGGGCAGACUUUGCCCAAGCAUGUGCUGAUGCAGGAGUGAUGUUCAUCGGGCCAAGUCCAGAGACGGUCCGCAAGAUGGGAGACAAGGUGGAGGCUCGCUCCCUGGCCAUCAAAGCAGGUGUACCUGUGGUCCCAGGGACAGAUUCCCCCAUCGCCUGCCUGCAAGAAGCGCAGGUGUUCGCCCAAACAUACGGCUUCCCCAUCAUCUUCAAAGCAGCCUACGGAGGAGGUGGCCGAGGCAUGAGGGUGGUCAGGGAGUACGAGGAACUGGAGGAAAAUUACCAGCGGGCCUACUCUGAGGCCCUGACAGCUUUUGGGAAUGGAUCCCUGUUCGUUGAGAAGUUUAUUGAAAAGCCAAGACAUAUUGAAGUACAGAUCCUCGGUGAUAAAUUUGGUAAUGUCAUCCACCUCUAUGAGAGAGACUGCUCCAUUCAGCGGAGACACCAAAAGGUUGUGGAGAUUGCGCCGGCGUUCCAACUGGACCCUCAUCUGAGAGACCGACUUCACGCUGAUGCGGUCAACCUUGCCAAACAGGUGGGAUACGAGAACGCAGGCACCGUGGAGUUCCUGGUGGACAAACAUGGCAAACACUACUUCAUUGAAGUCAACUCCCGACUCCAGGUUGAACACACCGUCACAGAAGAAAUCACUGAUGUGGACCUGGUGCACGCCCAGCUGCGAGUGUGUGAGGGCCGCAGCCUGCCAGAACUGGGCCUCAAGCAGGACAAGAUCAGGGUGAACGGAUGCGCCAUCCAGUGCAGAGUGACGACAGAAGACCCGGCCAGAGGGUUCCAGCCAGACACCGGCCGGAUUGAGGUCUUCCGGAGCGGUGAAGGCAUGGGCAUCCGUCUGGACAGCGCCUCAGCCUACCAGGGCGCUGUCAUUUCACCCCACUACGACUCCCUGCUGGUAAAAGUCAUUGCCAGUGGGAAGGACCUGCAGACAGCAGCUUCCAAGAUGAGCCGUGCCCUGGCUGAGUUCAGAGUACGAGGGGUCAAGACCAACAUCCCGUUCCUGCAGAAUGUUUUCUCCAACCACCAGUUCCUCCACUCCACCGUGGACACCCAAUUCAUUGACGAGAACCAGGAACUCUUCAACCUCAAACCCACUCAGAACCGAGCCCAGAAGCUACUGCACUACCUGGGUCAUGUGAUGGUAAAUGGACCAACUACACCCCUCCCGGUCAAGGCUAAGCCCUCCUCCAUAGACCCGGUCAUCCCUCGUGUCACCAUGGGCGACCCUCCAGUAGGUUUCCGGGAUGUGUUGCUGCGCGAUGGUCCCGAGGGAUUUGCCAAGGCGGUCCGUGCCCACAAAGGUCUGCUGCUGAUGGAUACUACAUUCAGGGAUGCUCACCAGUCGCUCCUGGCUACCAGGGUUCGGACCCAUGACCUGAAAUUGAUCUCGCCGUUCGUCAGCCACAACUUUAGCAACCUUUUCAGCCUGGAGAACUGGGGAGGUGCCACCUUUGACGUGGCCAUGCGCUUCCUGUCCGAGUGUCCGUGGAAGAGACUCCAGGAGCUGAGAGCUUUGAUCCCAAAUGUCCCUUUCCAGAUGCUGCUGCGAGGGGCCAACGCUGUGGGCUACACCAACUACCCUGAUAAUGCUGUUUUUAAGUUCUGCGAGGUGGCCAAGGAGAACGGUAUGGACAUCUUCCGUGUAUUCGACUCCCUGAACUACCUGCCAAACAUGCUGCUGGGGAUGGAGGCUGCCGGAUCCGCAGGUGGUGUGGUGGAGGCUGCCAUCUCAUACACGGGCGACGUGUCUGACCCAAUGAGGCAGAAGUACUCGCUGGACUACUAUGUGAAACUGGCAGACGAGCUCGUCAAAGCCGGAACCCACAUUCUGUGUAUCAAGGACAUGGCCGGCCUGCUGAAGCCAGAAUCCAGCAAGCUUCUUGUUCGCGCUCUGAGAGACCGUUUCCCAGAUGUACCCAUCCAUGUGCAUUCACACGACACAGCUGGAGCCGGUGUAGCCGCCAUGCUGGCCUGUGCUGAAGCUGGAGCUGAUGUAGUUGAUGUGGCUGUCGACUCUAUGGCUGGUAUGACGUCUCAGCCCAGCAUGGGAGCCAUUGUGGCCUGCGCCAAAGGCACUGAGCUUGACACUGGCAUUGCUCUGGAGAAGGUGUUUGACUACAGUGAAUAUUGGGAAGUGGCCAGAGGCCUGUAUGCUCCAUUCGACUGUACUGCCACCAUGAAAUCUGGCAAUGCUGACGUCUAUGAGAAUGAGAUACCAGGAGGACAGUACACCAACCUUCACUUCCAGGCUCAUAGCAUGGGACUGGGACAUAAGUUCAAGGAGGUGAAGAAGGCCUACACAGAAGCCAACAAACUACUCGGGGACCUCAUUAAGGUGACGCCCUCAUCAAAGAUCGUGGGCGACUUGGCCCAGUUCAUGGUGCAGAACAACCUGACCAGGGCAGAGGUGGAGGAGAGGGCUGACGAGUUGUCCUUCCCUCUGUCUGUGGUGGAGUUCCUGCAGGGACACGUCGGGAUACCGCACGGAGGAUUCCCCGAGCCCUUCAGAUCUAAGGUGCUGAAGUCUCUGCCCCGUAUCGUGGGUCGUCCCGGGGCCUCUCUGCCACCUCUGGACUUCAAGUCCCUGGAGGAGGGGCUCCGAGCUGCACACGGGGAUGAGAUCACCCCUGAGGAUGUGAUGUCGGCAGCCAUGUACCCCAAGGUGUUCCAGGAAUUCAAGGACUUUACUUCUAACUUUGGCCCAGUGGACUGUCUCAGCACCAGACUGUUCCUGGAUGGACCCAAGAUCGCAGAGGAGUUUGAGGUGGAGCUGGAGAGAGGGAAGAUCCUCCACAUCAAGGCGCUGGCACUGGGUGACCUGAACAAGGCCGGUCAGAGAGAGGUCUUCUUCGAGCUCAACGGACAGCUGAGAUCUGUACUGGUUAAAGACACUGUCGCCAUGAAGGAAAUGAAGUUCCACCCCAAGGCCCAGAAGUCUAUCAAGGGUCAAGUGGGAGCACCCAUGCCUGGAAAAGUCCUGGAGGUCAAAGUGGAAGUCGGAUCUAAGGUGGAGAAGGGUCAGCCGCUGUGUGUGCUCUCGGCCAUGAAGAUGGAGACUGUGGUCAACUCCCCGUUGGCUGGGACCAUUAAGGCAGUCCAUGUGACGGCCGACUCCUCCCUGGAGGGAGAUGACCUGAUCCUGGAAAUCGAGGAGUAGAGUGAGAGGGGGGAAGUUAGACAAUCUGAUUUGGGAAAUUGUGAGCAGUUGAAACAUUGGCAGUGGGGGGACAGAUCACUUCUGUGGUAGAGCUGCAGGACAUUUUGACCUCCAGUUUGUAUAUAUUCUGUUCAGUUACACUGGACACACAAAAGAAGCACAGACAGCUCUACACACAUCCUGGUGUGGUGAUCACAAAUAAUAUAUGAAUUAUGAUGGGAAUUCCUGUCUCCAAGUAAUUCCCUAAAUGUGGUGAUUUGGUCCAAAAUCAGUAGAUCUACUAAUGUCCUGUCAACUUGUGGGAAAAUAAGCAUUGCAGAAUAAUAAGCAGUAUAUUUGAAUUGUGAUACAUUUUUUCUUAAUAGUCUUAAAUGUCAUGUUUAAACACUAACAGGGUCGUAACAUCUACUUUCCAUUUCUAUGCUGUUGAUGUUGCCCAAAAAGUGAGCGGGUGAGACUAUAUUAAUACUUAAAGUGUUUCUUUGUAAUCAUGGGGAUUCAGACAGAGAAGGAGAGACUAAUCAUAUCAAUAUCUGACUAAUCACGUGUCCCAAAGCAGAAGUUAGUAGUCACAGCAAUGUUGAAAUGAAACCGUAGGUCACAUGGGAAACACCCAAACAGGAUUACAGAUGUGAUUUUUACAAAGUACUUUGGUUUAAUGUGGCGGUCUUAAUUCAAAAGCAGCAGUGUGGUGGCCCAACUGAACCAGUGAAGCUCAGUCUGCAGUUUCAUGUCAGAAAAGUUGUCAGUCAGUCACUGUCUUUUCAGAACCAGGCAGAGAUUAUGGUGAACAGUCUUGUGUGGAUUUUAAUGCUAGGUGUAAAUGGGAUUACAUGGUGGUGUAACGGAGGCAUGUGGUGUUAUUUUCUGAGGCCCUGCUGAUUAAUUUAGGAAUUAACUCUGUCAAAUGAUGUGAAAUUAGCCGGACUAAUAGGAGACUCUCGAGACUCCCAGUAGCAGCACUCAGCUUUAUAUUUCUCAUGCGUGUUUGCAUAAAUGAGUCUGUGUUAGAGCACAUUUUCAGACAAAGCUAACCAGUCCACAUAAUGUUGCACCAUCAUAGCUGAAAUAUUCAUGUGCACGCACCGAUGCAAAACAGUCAUACUAACACUCCUUGCCCUUGAGCGCUGCCUGGAUCAAAUACACUGCACAAUAAUAUGGCUACUUCUCCAUAGUAACAUUAUCCAAAACAUUUAACAGCAAUGCACCAACGACCCUAACCUGCCAUCAGAUGAUUAAAAGAUUAGAUUCUGACUAUAUGAAAGCGACCUCUGCACAACUGCAUGUGCUUCUACUUGGACAGAGAACAUUGAUCCAGACACAGAAUAGAACCUGAAUCAGCUGGGCCUCGACUGGAUUGCUUCCUGAUGUUUUGCACCAUUACCUCUGAGAAUGUGUCCCUUUUGAACUAUGCAUCGAUACUGAGCAGCAAUGCCAUACUCAAUUAGAACACGGAUAUGUCUCCUCACUCUACCUCCUGGCUGUAUCACUCUGUGUGAGUCUUUUGAAAGAGAUGGUGGGAGUAUAUAAAUGAGUUGGGAAGCUGUUGGGCAAUAAUGGAAUGUUCCCUGCUCAUCUCACUUAUCUGCUUUUCAUCAUGUUCCCCCUCUCCCUCUGUCUUCCCUCCACAGUGUAGAUUUGCACAUGUAAGAUGUUGGUCUCAACUCAUGCAAUAAUGUAAAACUGUCUUGUGAUGUUUCUCUACUGUAUGUCUUAGCUGGCAGCAAUUUAAAUAACCACGCUUAUGACAAAUAUAUAGUGUCUGGGGAUAGAAUGAAUAAAUGAGAGAAAAGGUUCACAGCUAGAAAUAGUUAUUUGCUUCAGAAAGGAGAAUGUAACGUCAAGUAGACAAUGAUAAUAGGGUCUGUGACAUCACAGCUGGCUUUCUAUUGCGUGUUUAUUUACUCUCGGUUCAAAAUGUCUGUGGAUUUUCUGUCCACAAAUUGUCAAAAUUACAUUUGUUACUUCCAAAAAAGUCCUUGUUAGAAAUUUUCAUUUGAAUUCAACCAUUUAAAGUUACUGAUGUAGUUUACAUUCAAGAACUAUAGCACACAAAAGGGAAACAAAUACAAUCAACUGAAAGCGAUAAUUGUAUUUGUUGUAUCUGUACUUACAAAUAAAGUUAACUGUAACUGAA